UUCAAUCUCCAUCAUCAUUUUCUCUUUGUCCUCAAACCUCCUGCUGUAUAGGCUGCUACCAGAUCAUCAGCGCCUGCUGCUUCUACGCUAGCACACUACUGAGGCCCUUUAUAGUUUAUAGCUCCACCCAUCCUUCCGUCCAUUCAAAUUCCCCCAACUGAUUAUUGUCCUAAUCCCACUACAAUUCAGUGAACAUCUCAUUACUUACUUGAGGAGGACCGACCCCUUCUGCUAUCUUUUGGCGGCAGCAAAAAUACAAAAAACUUGAAACAUGGCAGAAGAUAUGAAUAAACCAUUGCUAGCUCCUGAAAAGUUUAGUAGAGAUGGAAUUGAUCUGGAACACAUACCACUGGAAGAAGUGUUUGAACAACUGAGAACUUCACAAGCUGGACUUUCAUCCGAAGAUGCAGAAGUUCGAUUGCAGAUAUUUGGCCCAAAUAAACUUGAAGAGAAGCGGGAAAAUAAGAUUUUGAAGUUUCUUAGUUUCAUGUGGAAUCCCUUGUCAUGGGUCAUGGAAGCUGCAGCGGUGAUGGCAAUUGUUCUUGCUAAUGGUGGAGGGGAGGGUCCUGACUGGCAAGACUUUUUGGGGAUUAUUUGCCUGUUGCUGAUAAAUUCAACAAUUAGCUUUAUUGAGGAAAACAAUGCUGGAAAUGCUGCUGCAGCCCUUAUGGCACGUUUAGCUCCAAAAUCUAAGGUCCUAAGAGAUGGAAUAUGGCAAGAGCAAGAUGCAGCUAUUCUAGUACCAGGAGAUAUUAUUAGCAUUAAGCUUGGAGACAUCAUCCCUGCAGAUGCUCGCCUACUCGAGGGAGACCCCUUAAAAAUUGACCAGUCAGCUCUUACUGGAGAAUCCCUACCUGUCACCAAGCGGACAGGUGAUGAAGUUUAUUCUGGAUCUACUUGUAAACAAGGAGAAGUUGAAGCUGUAGUAAUAGCUACAGGGGUUCACUCCUUUUUCGGCAAAGCUGCACAUCUAGUUGACUCGACUGAAGUUGUUGGUCAUUUCCAGAAGGUCCUUACAGCAAUUGGGAACUUCUGCAUUUGCUCUAUAGCUGUAGGAAUGAUACUGGAAAUCAUUGUCAUGUUCCCAGUACAGCACCGCUCGUACAGAAGUGGAAUCAACAACCUUCUUGUGCUUUUAAUUGGAGGAAUACCAAUAGCUAUGCCAACAGUUUUAUCUGUAACACUUGCAAUUGGUUCUCAUCGUCUCUCUCAACAGGGUGCCAUUACAAAGAGGAUGACAGCAAUUGAAGAGAUGGCUGGAAUGGAUGUUCUUUGCAGUGAUAAAACAGGAACACUUACUCUGAAUCGCCUCACUGUUGAUCGGAACCUCAUUGAGGUAUUUAACAAUGAUAUGGACAAAGACAUGGUCAUCCUCCUUGCCGCAAGAGCAGCAAGAAUCGAAAAUCAAGAUGCAAUUGAUGCAGCAAUUGUUAACAUGCUUGGAGAUCCAAAGGAGGCCCGAGCUAAUAUCAAGGAAGUGCAUUUCCUUCCAUUCAAUCCUGUAGAUAAGCGUACAGCAAUCACAUACAUCGACAUUGAUGGCAAUUGGUACAAAGCCACAAAAGGAGCGCCUGAACAGAUAUUGAAUUUGUGCCAAGAGAAAAUAAAAAUAGAGAGGCAGGUGAAUACCAUUAUUGACAAGUUUGCUGAGAGGGGAUUGCGCUCUCUUGCAGUUGCCUAUCAGGAAGUUCCGGAAAAAUCGAAGGAGAGUCCUGGAGGGCCUUGGGUAUUCUGUGGGCUGCUGCCCUUGUUCGAUCCUCCUAGGCACGACAGCGCUGAAACCAUCCGCAGAGCACUUAAUCUUGGGGUUUGUGUUAAGAUGAUCACAGGAGAUCAGUUGGCGAUUGCAAAGGAGACUGGUCGACGGCUUGGCAUGGGUACAAAUAUGUACCCUUCUUCCUCAUUGUUGGGUCGUGAUAGGGAUGAGAAUGAAGCUCUUCCAGUUGAAGAGCUCAUUGAAAAAGCUGAUGGCUUUGCUGGUGUAUUCCCUGAACACAAGUAUGAGAUUGUUAAAAUACUACAAGAGAAGAAGCAUGUAUGUGGAAUGACUGGAGAUGGUGUAAAUGAUGCACCUGCGCUUAAAAAGGCAGACAUUGGCAUAGCAGUUUCUGAUUCUACGGAUGCUGCUAGGGGCGCUGCUGAUCUUGUCUUGACAGAACCCGGUUUAAGCGUGAUCAUCAGUGCUGUUUUAACUAGCAGGUCUAUAUUCCAAAGAAUGAAGAAUUAUACAAUAUAUGCUGUCUCCAUAACUAUCCGUAUUGUGCUUGGUUUCACGCUUCUAACAUUGAUAUGGAAAUAUGACUUCCCUCCAUUCAUGGUUCUGAUAAUAGCUAUACUGAAUGACGGUACCAUAAUGACUAUAUCACAGGAUCGGGUGAGACCAUCUCCCAUACCAGAUAGUUGGAAGCUCAAUGAGAUUUUUGCGACUGGCAUUGUCAUUGGAACUUAUCUUGCUAUAGUCACUGUACUAUUUUACUGGACCGUAAUCAGUACCGACUUUUUUGAGACUCACUUCCAUGUGAAGUCUUUAUCCGGCAACACUGAAGAAAUAUCAUCAGCCAUCUACCUACAAGUUAGUAUCAUCAGCCAAGCGCUCAUUUUUGUUACCCGCAGUCAGGGUUGGUCAUUUCUAGAGAGGCCUGGGACUCUAUUGAUGUGUGCAUUUGUGGUGGCUCAACUGGUUGCUACGCUGAUUUCGGUGUAUGCCCAUAUUAGCUUUGCUGCCAUUAGAGGCAUCGGUUGGCGUUGGGCGGGUGUGAUAUGGUUAUACAGUCUAGUGUUUUAUGUUCCCCUGGACGUGAUCAAAUUCACCGUACGCUAUGCUUUGAGUGGAGAUGCCUGGAAUCUGGUCUUCGACAGGAAGACAGCUUUCACAUCUAAGAAGGAUUAUGGAAAGGAAGACAGAGAGGCCAAGUGGGUGGUUUCACAGAGGACAUUGCAAGGCUAUAACUCCGGGGAGUUUGAUUCCAGUGGAAAGAGAUCAUCUUUGAUUGCUGAACAAGCAAGGCGGCGUGCUGAAAUAGCCAGACUUGGAGAAUUGCAUACUUUCCGGGGACAUAUGGAAUCAGUUGCAAGGCUUAAAAAUUUGAAUCUCAGCAACAUCCGUUCAUCCCAUACUGUUUGACAUGAAAACCUUGUGAGACAAUCUUUGCUGCGGUGACAGUGAUGCCAAGGUUACUGGAAAUGCAGCUGAUAAAGGGUUAUAGAAUCAUGUUCAAGAUUCCGACCUCAAGGAUACCUCUCUCAUAUUAUUCGUGUUUUUCACGUCUACUUUCUUCCCUUUCUAUAGUUUUGGAAGUAUUUCGUCAUUGUACGCCAUACAUUCUUUCAUAGAAGACAGCGACAUCCAUUUUCACAGAACAACCGACGAGCAAAUAAACAGUUUUUCCAGGCUAAA